CUUUUUUCGCUAAAAAAAACUCGCGUCCUGAGGUUUCUCAGAUUCCAUCAAUGGCUUCCGCCGGAGAUUCAAUCGGCUCCACCGCGGCGGCGGACAAACUCUUCUUCUGCCACCAAUGCAAUCGAACCGUCACAGUUUCCAUAUCCUCCUCCGCCGAUCCUUUGUGCCCUCUCUGCAACGAAGGUUUUCUCGAAGAAUACGAGAACCCUCACCCUGCGCCCAGCCCCAAUCUUAACCCUGGUGGGUUUCCCCCGUUCUCCGAUCCUCUCUCACCUCUCCUCCAGAUCUUAUUCGCACCUUCGGCAUCGCCUUCUUCCAACGCGAUCGACUUCUUUAACCCGAGCUUCUUUGGGCGUCCUAUGCAGGGGCGGUCCUUACAGCCUGAACCAAGCGCGUUUGACCCCGUUACGUUCCUCCAAAACCAUCUUCAGGACCUGCGAUCGAGCGGUACCCACGUCCAGUUCGUGAUCGAGAACCACCCUUCGGAUCCUGGAUUCCGGUUGGGGGGGAAUCUCGGGGACUACUUCUUUGGUCCGGGUCUGGAACAGUUGAUUCAACAGCUUGCGGAGAAUGAUCCUAACCGGUACGGAACUCCUCCAGCCUCGAAAUCCGCAAUUGAUGCGCUCCCGACGGUGAAGGUAACCGAAGAAAUGUUGGAUUCAGAAAUGAACCAGUGCGCUGUCUGUAUGGAUGAGUUUGAGAAGGGUAGUGACGCUAAGCAGAUGCCCUGCAAGCACGUAUAUCAUCAAGACUGCUUGCUUCCAUGGCUGCAGCUGCACAACUCUUGCCCUGUUUGUCGGCAUGAGUUGCCGACAGAUGACCCUGAUUAUGAGAACAGGACUCAUGGAGCUCAGAGAAGUGGUGACGGACAAGGAUCGGGCGAGAACCAGCCGACACCUAGGAGGUUUAGUAUAUCGUUGCCAUGGCCAUUCAGGAGACAAGAUGGAGGCUCGGGCUCUGGUGCUCCUGGCAGUGGCGGUGGAGCUAAUUUGGGGACCAGGCAAGAAGAUUUGGAUUGAGUGUUAUUACAAACUCGGAAGAGGGUUACACAGUUGUUGCUUGCAGGAAGAAGACACGAAGAAGAUAGAUAAUAAAAAAAAAGGCAGUUCCGUCAAUUGAUGCAAGAAAGCUGAACCCCGAGUGCAUUUUUACAUUUGUUUUGUCUCAAGAAAUUCUUACAUUGUAUUAUUAUUGAUGCCUUGCCAUAUCUUUCUACCGAUGCAUUUACCAAGAAUAUUAUUACAUUGUAUUCUCACCUGCGUGUAUACAUAUAUACUGUAACAUCUUGAGAGGAAAAUUGAGAUUUGGUGUUGUCCAGAUUCAA